AUGUUUGGCCAGGACUGUCGCCAGCGAUGUACUUGUCAAAAUGGUGCUUGUCAUCAUGUUACCGGCGUUUGUUCUUGCUUCGACGGCUGGACGGGUGCCAAUUGCGACGCCCCAUGUAGAGCCAAUUACUAUGGCCGAAACUGCUUAGAAGAGUGCCAGUGCUGGAAUGGAGCAUCAUGCCACCACAUGACUGGGGUGUGUCAGUGUACAGCCGGCUGGGUAGGAACAUCCUGCCGAGUUCCAUGUCCACAAGGUAGGUUUGGCAUGGAUUGUACUUCGCCAUGUCGCUGUGACAACGAAGCUGCUUGUCAUCACGUUGACGGAAGUUGUCGUUGUAGGCCGGGCUGGGAGGGGGCUGUCUGUAACGAGCCAUGUGCUAUGGGCUUUUACGGUCUAGAAUGCGCUGAGAGAUGUCAGUGUCGAAACGGGGCAGAGUGCAACCACAUCUCGGGAGCCUGUCGGUGCACUGCAGGUUGGCAGGGCCCGAACUGCGAAAGGCCAUGCUCCGAAGGCUUCUACGGACUGGGAUGUGACAGAGCAUGCCGAUGUCGAAAUGGUGCCGAUUGUAGUCACAUUGAUGGAGAGUGUUCUUGUACUCCUGGCUGGCAAGGACAGUAUUGCGACGCGCCCUGCAAUCCAGGUCGUUUUGGGUACGAAUGCAGAAUGGAUUGCCUUUGCCAAAACAACGCUGCUUGUCACCACGUUAGCGGUUUAUGUACUUGCUCACCUGGAUUUACUGGUUCUACUUGCUCGGAUAUCUGUCCCAUUGGCUACUUUGGUCAGGAUUGUCUCAGUGAAUGUCAGUGUCGAAAUGGUGGCGCUUGUCAUCACGUAACGGGUGUAUGCAGCUGUACUGCGGGCUGGCUUGGGCUCACCUGCUCCGACCCCUGCCCACAAGGUAAAUAUGGAUUGGACUGCGGAGACAACUGCAUGUAUAAGAAUGAUGCACUUUGUAGCAACAUCGAUGGCAGCUGCAGCUGCGCGCCAGGAUGGCAGGGAACAAUAUGCGAUCAGCCCUGCGGUGCUCUUCGCUACGGUACAAGAUGCGAGAAGAUCUGCAGGUGUCAAAACGGUGCCACUUGUAAUCACAUUGAUGGAAUGUGCACAUGUACACCUGGAUGGCAGGGAGCGUUCUGCGAUGUACCGUGUGAUGACGGUUUUUAUGGCCACAACUGUGCUAAAGUAUGCCGCUGCGUAAACGGUGGUAUCUGCGAUACCGUGACAGGAGCCUGUACUUGUCCUCCCGGCUGGAGGCUAUUUUGUUCUGACCCGUGCGAGUCGGGCUUCUUCGGUCAAGACUGCAGUGGAGUCUGCAGGUGCCAGAACGGCGCAGAAUGUAGUCGGUUUGACGGAACUUGUACUUGUACUGCAGGUUGGUACGGUGCCUCUUGUGAUGCUCCAUGUCGGCCAGGGCUUUAUGGUCCCGGAUGUGAACAAAACUGCAGAUGCAGAAACGAAGCGACUUGUUCUCGUUUCGAUGGCAGUUGUUCUUGUGCUCCAGGAUGGACAGGACGGUUUUGUGAUACACCUGGUCGUGAGGGCUUUAAUGGUGCAGACUGUACCGAGGAAUGCACGUGUGUAAACAGCCUCUCUUGCUCACCCUUUGAUGGCACGUGCUCCUGUUCAGCUGGCUGGAAGGGCCAGAACUGCCAAGACCCGUGCGAUAAUGGCUGGCUGGCAGGGGCGUUACUGUGA